ACGAGAGGAAGUCAGGAAGCAGCCCUCUGAGUCCGCUCGUGCUCAUGCUCAUGGCGCGCGGAAGAGAGAGCAGAUCAACCGCGGCAUCUGCCAUGCCCGCACACGCACGGCAGCUCCGCCAGCUCGCGCUCAUGCUCGUCCACUUCUCAGUGAUGCCCCAAGGAGCGCUCUCGCGGGGACUGGGGCUACCCCCGGAGGCAGAUCCAUCUCGCGGCCGGGAACACUGGGCGAACAUGAUGUGCAACAGCAUCCCCUAUCCGUUUGGCAUCAGAGGCAGUUCCAUACCAGGCUUCGAGGUAACAUGUGGGCCAAACAAGGAAGCCAUGCUGCCGAUCGGCAAGCAUAGCUAUGAAAUCCAUGAUGUGUCCCUUCAAGGAGGCUUCGUCGUCAUCUCUGCCGGACCCAUCAGCCAAGUCUGCUACGACCGCAACGGUACACGGACACAGACCACCGGAACCGGUGAUAUCAGAUUGGAGCAGACGCCCUUCUCCAAUGCCGCAGGUGGUGCCAACUUGAUGGUCUUGAAUUGGGCAGUCGGACACGGCACAUGCGACCAGGCCUUGACCUACAACUUGGCGUCGCUCCACUGCAACAAUAAGAGUGGAUGCAUUGACGCGCCCAGUGGAGCGGGCUAUCUCUGCAAGUGCAACGCAGGGUAUGACGGGAAUCCGUACGCCGAGGAUGGAUGUCUAGAUAUCAACGAAUGCCGAAAUUUCGACAGCAACGAAUGCAGCCUUUGGGACUUCUGCAACAACACCGAAGGAGGUUUUACUUGCUCGUGUCCCCAUAACUGGAACGGUGACGGUUACAGGACAGGGACAGGCUGCAACGAGACACCAAGACCCAUCAACUGGAAAAAUCAAUCUGCUGGUUUGAGUGUGUGCGCUCAACCUGAAAGGAACCCCUGCACGUACCUAGAGUACUGCAGUGAAGAUGAGCAAGGGGUAGUUGCGUGUUAUUGUCCUCUAGGCCUGCGUGGCGAUGGCAGGCAAAGAGGAAGUGGGUGUCAAAAGCACCACUAUCCAUUGGGUGUGCUUGUGCUAGCAGUUGGCGGUGGCAUAAGCCUUAUAUGUCUAGUGCCUGGUAUCAUAUUUUUCAUGCAGACGUUAAAGGCUCGACAGGCUAAGAGGCUCAGGGCGAAGUACUUCAAAGAAAAUCGGGGUUUGUUGUUACAACAACUGGUGGACAAAGACAUUGCUGAAAGGAUGAUGUUUAACUUAGAAGAACUUGAGAAGGCAACAAACAAGUUCGAUGAGGCCCGUAAACUUGGUGGUGGUGGUCAUGGUACUGUGUACAAAGGAAUACUAUCAAAUCAGGAUGUGGUUGCCAUCAAGAAAUCAAAAAUUACAAUCCAAAGAGAAAUCGAAGAUUUCAUAAACGAGGUUGCCAUCCUUUCACAAAUUAACCACCGGAACGUCGUGAGGCUAUUUGGAUGCUGCCUAGAGACACAAGUCCCAUUAUUGGUUUAUGAAUUCAUUUCAAAUGGAACUCUUUCUGAUUAUCUCCAUGUUGAAGGUGCCCUAUCCUUGCCUUGGGGGGAUCGACUGAGGAUUGCUCUUGAAACUGCAGGUGCUCUCGCAUAUUUGCACUCCUCUGCUUUGACAUCCAUAAUCCACAGAGAUAUUAAAUCUGCCAACAUUCUACUGGAUCAUCGUUUAAUUGCUAAAGUAUCAGAUUUUGGAGCUUCUCGAGGUAUCCCUAUCGAUCAAACAGGAGUUACAACUGCCAUCCAAGGUACAUUUGGGUACCUAGACCCCGAGUACUACCAAACAAGUAGGCUAACGGAUAAAAGUGAUGUUUAUAGCUUCGGUGUCAUACUUGUGGAGUUGCUCACAAGAAAGAAACCAUCCACUGGCAUGCACUCAGAAUGCGGAAGCCUUAUUGCACAAUUCAUCUUGGUGAUAAGGCAGGAUAAGCUAUGUGAGAUAUUAGAUCCUCAAGUCAUAUCGGAGUGUCUGGAGGCUGCAAAAGAUGUUGCAUCACUCGCAUUGACAUGCCUAAGCUUGAAGGGUGAGGAUAGGCCAACCAUGAGACAAGUGGAGAUGGCACUGGAAAGGUUGUUAGUAGCAAAUAAAAACACUGCACAAGGGCGUUCAGCCGAGCUAAACUACUCACCAGCUCAAAUAAGCAACAAUAAUGAUCACAAUAGCAGACAGUAUAGCGCCGAGCAGGCACUCUUACUAUCAGCAAGCUUUCCUCGCUGAUCCGCUUCCCGGUCCCUGUUGCAUGCUUCCGAGCACUUCUGCAUGUUCAGUUCAUGUUCCUUCUGUGUAAGCGAAAUGAACUUAAUUCUGUGUGCUUUUGCCUGUACUGUUUAUUUGGUUAACCUGAUAUGUUCAGUUU